GUCUUGCUGCCCCUUCUUACCGGAAGUGAGGGCGGAAGGGAAUGUUAUCAGGACGGACCUGGUGUGCAUUGAUCAAAAGGUCCCCCAUAGUCAUUUUUUUGUAAGUGAAGCAGGUGGAUGAGCUGGAGACUGAUCCCUUCAUUUAUUUUGAAACUUUGACCGUGAUGAUUGCAUUGACAGAAAAGGACAGGCCUGUGGCUCAGAAGCUGCUGGAUUUCGGGGCGUGCGCACGCUGUGUUCUUAGGUUCUGCCGUGUCGGACUGCAGGCCCCGUACAGGCCUCCACAUCAGGAGUUGUUUCGUGAACUGCAUGAGUUCCUGCAGGGCACCAAAGAUGACAACAAACUACCUUGUGAAAUGGCAGACCCACCCAGUAAGAGAAUCAAGCUGGAGAAUACUAAAGAGAACGAAGAGCAGGCUCUAAACGGAAGCCGCACACUUAAUGAUGCAGGCGCCGUUGCUGAGAACGUAUGCACUAUUUGCUUGGGGAUUCUGCAGGAACUCUGUGAGAUGGAUUUUGUCAAAAUGGUGUGCCAUAAAAUUAAUUCGUCUGAAUAUCAGUUUUCCAGCUUUGUGUUUUCAGUGUCUUUCCCACCACAGCUCUCUGUCAGGGAGCAUGCAGCAUGGUUGCUGGUAAAAGAGGAAAUAGAGAAACAGGAUUUUGUGGUGGAAAAAGAAGACCUUGUCCAGUUGAAAGAGGCGUACAAGUGGAUCACUCAUCCUCUCUUCUUGGAGGAGCUGGGCGUCCCUGCAGAUGGAAAGAGCUUGUUUGAAGUAUGUGUGGUCUUUGCCCAUCCAGAAACGGAUGCAGAUUGCCGUUUUCUAGCCUCAGCAUGUCCAGGUUGCUUCAAGCCGGCAAAGAACAAACAGUCUGUCUUCACCAGAAUGGCGGUCGUUAAGGCUUUGGAUAUGAUAAGUGAAGAAGAUUUUCAAAAAAACUUCCGAUGUCCGCCGAGUUUAUCCACGGCCCCUUGCACAGCUGUUGACAUUCAGUGUACCAACGGUGCCAUCUUUGUGGCUGGGAGAUAUAACAAAUACUCCAGGACGUUACCUCAAACUCCCUGGAUUAUAGAUGGAGAGAGGAAGAUGGAGUCUUCUGUGGAAGAGUUGAUCUCGGAGCAUCUUAUGGCUGCCUUCAAAGCGGAUAGUUUUAAUUUUUCAUCCUCUGGAAGAGAAGAUGUGGAUGUUAGGACAUUAGGCAACGGGAGGCCAUUUGCAAUUGAGUUGGUGAAUCCUCGGAGGGUCCGCUUGGAUGCAGACGAGAUGAAGGCACUUCAGCAGACAAUCAAUAACUCAUCAGACAAAAUCCAAGUUCGUGACUUACAGCUGGUUACCAGGGAGGCCAUUGGUCACAUGAAGGAAGGGGAGGAAGAGAAGACCAAGACCUACAGUGCCUUAAUAUGGACAGAAAAAGCAAUCAAGAACGAAAACAUUGCCUUUCUAGACAAUAUGAAGGAGUUAAAACUUGAUCAAAAGACUCCGCUGCGGGUUCUUCAUCGGCGCCCCUUGGCGGUCAGGGUUCGCCUCAUCCACACCAUGAGGCCGGAGUACAUCGACGAGCAUCACCUCCGCCUCCAUCUGAAGACACAGGCAGGGACAUACGUUAAAGAAUUUGUGCACGGAGACUUUGGAAGAACCAAGCCAAACCUCAGUUCCCUCUUGGAGACAACCGCUGACAUCUUGGAGCUGGAUGUUGAGUCAGUGGAUGUUAACUGGCCUCCAGCUCUGGACAAUUGACAAGCAAUUGAAGUUUCAAGAUGGUGGUGAAGAGGAAGGGGAAGAAGAAGAAGAAGAAGAAGAACGGGCUCCAUUUUGGAAGCGAGAUGACUUUUCCUUAAGCAUUUUAGAUCAUGUUGAUCUGUUCAUAGACUCGUUUUGCAACUAAAAUAGGUUUCUUAAUUGGAUUUUAAAACUCUGAAUGCAUGGGGUUUGAUGCAGCAGAAUGGAAAGACUACACUGGGGUGUCUUGCCCCAUUAAGCCAAAGCCCUUCUUCCCCUCCUUCCAUAAAGCUGGAGUGUGGCUCCUAUGGGGAGAAGAAUCAGGGACAUCUUUCGUCAGCCCAUUUUAAUGCGCUUCAAUCAGGGACCAAAUUCUGGUACUCUUGCCAGGUAUCAUGUAAAUGCAUAUUGGUCUGAAGCAAAUGGACAUUGUAAGAGAAUAUCCCUUCUUGCAAGACUAAUCCCUUUGGUUUUUCCCACCCAAAGGGGCACAGGUCUGGAAUCCAGAAAUUGAUUUGAUUCUGAUAAUUAGAUGGAAUCUCCUGACAGUUACAUGGCUCUAUGUGGCAGAAUAAGGAGAAAUCAUAUUGUCAUGUUGUAGGUUUUUUCGGGCUAUAUGGCCAUGUUCUAGAGGCAUUCUCUCCUGACAUUUCGCCUGCAUCUAUGGCAAGCAUCCUCAGAGUAGUGAGGUCUGUUGGAACUAGGAAAAAGGGUUUAUAUAUCUGU